GUAUGUAUUUGGUGUAUAAUACAUGUAGACACCAGCAGUAGAAAAUUUCCCAACGUUUUCCACAUUUACUUGUAAGUAACUGCAAAAUUAGAGUCUGGGUCUCCCCAUGCUUCAUUGGUUCUCUGAAUUCUAUAUCAGCAGCUUCUAAACAAGUUCUAGAAGCAGCAGCGUGCCAAACAAUUCCGUAAGCUCCGGCAAGUCUGUCCCCUAACACCCAAGUUGGCUUUGUAAGGCUGGGCUCUCUGCCUGCCUUAGGAGAGCUGGUGGUACAAACAUCCCGGUUCCCUCUUCCUCCCAUCAGCUCUCUGGCUAACCUGAACCAGGCGAGGUUUUCAAUGUGAUCCAUCUGUUUCCCUGUUUGGUACAUGUGGCAAAUAGUUUUUCAGGUUUGUGUCUUACGGUAGACAGCAGUAACCAAGAAAGAACUUUCUUACCUCUUGUGGAUCGCUGAGCACUUGAUACUUACCGAGCCGUCCGUGUCCCGGGUCUCGUGCAGAGAUCUGGGGUUCACUUUGUGAUCGCUGGGUCCAGAAAGUGCAACAUUAAAACAAGCCAUGAAGUGUUUAAGCUCAGUGUAUAAAGGAUAACACUGGGUUAUAGCUCAGAGGCACAGAAAAAUUUGGAAACAUUAUCUUGAAGGAAAGGCGAUAAAAAUAUUUUCUCUGAUUUAUUGCAAUAUUUCCGGUUUAUGAAAUCGUUUGUGUCUUUGCAAAAAUCUCUUGAAACAGUGUCAAGUGAGAACGGUCUUGUUUAGUGUGUGUCGCAGUCACAAUCGCUCCCCCCGCCACCACCCCAAAUAGGGGAGAGAAUUAAAGGGGAGGGGGAAACUUGUGGGUUGAGAGAAAGGUGGUUUAAUAAAAUAACAAAAUAGUACUAUUAUACCACUACUACUAAGAAUAUAUAUAAAAUGGAAAUAUAAAACAAAAGAUACUCAGUGCAGCUGGUCCCAAGAAGCAGCUCCUGGCUCCAAACAGCUGGUGCCAGAGAGAGAAGAGAGAAGGCGGCAGAAAAGCGCAGAGACCUCUGCAACACGGUGGAAUGGCAGAAAGCCGAAUUAAAAGAAAACUCCAGCGAAACAGGGCAGAACCAGAACGGGUCUCUGCAGCCAGAAGAACCCGACUCUCCUUAAAUAUAAAGCCUGGUGCUAAUGGCGGGGAAUAUUCUCAGUGGUCAGUCUGGGUCUGUCCCGUCCGUGUCCCCUUCCAGCUGCCUCGCGCCUGUGGGCAGAGCUCACAAGGACUUUGGUUCCCAGACAACCAAGAUAACAGUGAGUCCUUAGAUUUGCUAUGUUCCAACUCAAAAACAAUGGAAAGUUACUUGAAGGAAAACAUUAACUCUGUCCUGGGGUGUUAUCAUCUUGUUCUCAAACUAAAUCCAAAUAAAGUAAUUUAAUUAAUUCAAUUAAUUUAUUUAAGCCUAAAAUUAACAGUUUGCUUGAAUAGACUAACAGGGAUUCGUACCACAGCGCAUAUUCAGGAUAGUAUUACAUCUUUAUUUUAAAAGUCUGAAAUCUCCUCUGUGUCCGUUUCUGUACAGAAUUGUCAUUUAGAUGCUCUGUGCUGGACUGAAGAUCAGGUAGCGCAGAUUCCUGGCUUGGACCAGACCCAGGGUCACCUGCACCAAGCAAUGUGUAACAAUCACUGGGAGCAGAUGUGAGAGAAUCUCUGCUGCAAGAUGAUCUGCUGUGAAGAGUUAUUGUCCUUCCCAGCCUGCCUUGUGCUGGCUGUUAAAGAGGGGAUUAACCAGGACUCUUCCAUAUUCAGCUGUUCUGAUUUUACAAUGAGAAGAGAACUGAAAUAUCGAUUAGCUGUGAUGCUUGGGUUUGAAUUUGCUCUGUAUAUUCAUUUUCUUUUUCAUUUUUUUCCUUCAGGAAGGUCCAAAAGAUUGUAGGAGUCUAAUGUGCUUUUCUGUUUGAUAUUCUACCUCAGAAACUCAUCAUUGAUGAGAAGAAAUACUAUCUCUUUGGGAGAAAUCCUGAUCUGUGUGAUUUCACCAUUGACCACCAGUCUUGCUCUCGGGUCCAUGCUGCCUUGGUCUACCACAAACAUCUCAAGAGGGUUUUCCUCAUAGAUCUGAACAGCACGAGGGAAUGGUUCCAGAUAUGGUGCGUUGGGACCUACAAGAAUCCAGAAAUAAAUGGUGUUCGUCAUUUAUUUCCAUGACUUUUUGAGGAAUUCUGAUGUGUGUUACCUUAGUUUGUGAGACGCACAUGGCACGUUCUUGGGUCACAUCCGUUUGGAAGCUCACAAACCCCAACAGAUACCCAUUGACUCCACAGUUUCAUUUGGGGCUUCUACACGAGCGUAUACCCUGCGAGAGAAGCCCCAGACGCUGCCGUCAGCAGUUAAAGGAGACGAGAAGAUGGGCGGUGAAGAUGAAGAGCUCAAGGGUUUGCUGGGGCUGCCAGAGGAGGAGACAGAACUUGAUAACCUGACAGAGUUUAAUACAGCCCACAACAAAAGAAUUUCCACGCUAACCAUUGAGGAAGGAAACUUGGAUAUUCAGAGACCAAAGAGAAAACGGAAGAACUCCCGAGUGACAUUCAGUGAUGAUGAUGAGAUCAUCAAUCCAGAGGACGUGGACCCUUCUGUUGGGCGCUUCAGGAACAUGGUACAGACAGCAGUUGUCCCUGUGAAGAAAAAACGGCUGGACAAUCCAGGCUCAUUGACCACAGAUGAUUCUGCAUCGCGACGUAUGCAAAACUUCCCCUACAGCGGAGGAUUAUAUGGGGGUUUACCCCCAACUCACAAUGAGGCGGGUUCCCAGUCGCACGGCGUCCACGGGACAGCGCUCAUUGGGGGGCUGCCCAUGCCCUACCCCAAUCUCGCCCCAGAUGUGGACUUGACUCCCGUCGUGCCCUCAACAGUUAACAUGAACCCAGCUCCCAACCCCGCUGUCUUUAAUCCCGAAGCUGUGAAUGAACCCAAGAAGAAGAAAUACGCAAAGGAGGCAUGGCCGGGCAAGAAGCCGACCCCUUCCCUGCUGAUCUGAGCUGGGUUCUGUCGAGGGGGGGCAGGAGUUACGAACUCCAGAAACUCUUUAUGUGCAGUAUCGUCUUUUUAAAAUUUCAGUGUCCUAACCAGAUGGAAUACCAAGAUUGGAGAAGUGAAAUAUCCUUUAAAGAUCUGUCUUCAAACGUUUUUAUAUGUCUGUUUAAAAAGAAAAUACAGCUCCCAUCUCCUUUUGAAUCAAAAACCUCUGGCAGCCUUUUCUUAGCCAUUACUGUCCCAGAGGUCCUUACUCUGAAUUUUGAUCCGUAAGUCGAAGGGGCAGAGUAAUACAAUUUAAUUAUCAUUUAUGGGAUGACCCUGCAAAUUCGUGUAUUUAGGUGUCGUGCUCACUAUGAAUAUUGUUGUUCCUGCUGGACUUGCUCGUAGCAGGUCAGCUGUAUCAGAAGUAAAUGUUUGUGGGGCCAAGCCUUUCAGAAAUCCCAUUGCUGUGAGUUCUAGAACUUGCAAAAUAUAGGUCAGCUUUUCUUUUUUAUGUUUCCAGGCCCCCGCUGAUGUGGGACCUUUUUUAAGUUCAGUCUGGCUGCGGUUUGUUUUAAUUUCCACCCAAAAACACUACAGCGCCCCGUUAGCUGGUGAACGCGUGGGGCUGAGGUGGCGGAGGAGCAGCGGGGGUUCCGUGGCCGUGCGGCGGUGUCGGACGGUGCAUCACGGCGUCUUGGUGGCCCUUUUCACUUAAGUAGUUCCGUUUUAUUUGCAAACAGAACCUGUGAGGUUGGAUUAUAUGCGAGAUGCAACGAGACACGUAACACUGAGCAGCCAUCAGCAGUGUCUUGUACGUUUAACAACCAAGCCGCCACCCGCACGCUGUUUCAGCUGCGUUAGCAGCGGGUGAGAACUGAGCGCUCCCUAAAGCUGGGAUGUGAAUUCCAGUAGAGAAUCUGCCUUGCCGUGAAUAAAACGGCGCCCAAGUUGGUUUCAUGGUAUUACGUUGUUUGACUGUGUCACUUUUUCACAUGGAAUAGAAUGAGAAGCUGGGUUGGGUUGUUGCUCUAGCCCUCCAAAUCCUUUCAAACUCCGAUUCCCUUGUACUCAGACAUAAUGUCUUUAUACAAGGUAAGGCCAGAGCUGUUUUUCUUAGGUUGACUCUGGAUUUCUUUACAUUCUAUAACGCAGUUCAGCUAUGUAGUCGAAUUUCUGUGUCGUUCGGGGGAUUUCUCCAGGAGCCGUGUGCCGGGCUGGCAGUGCCGCACGCAGCAGUUCGCUCUGCAGUCCCCGGCUGGGCGAGCUGGGCGAGCUGGCGGCUGCAGCAGCGGAUGCUCCAAAAUCAGGGUGCACUCUGCAUGCGCAGAGCGAUCCUUUCGAUCAUGUUGAUGUAAAACGCGCUGGUACCUCCCCCGUUCACGCGAGCGAUGGCUUGAGAGGCUGGUUCGUUCCCCUCCCCGUGGGAUGGAGCUCAGACUGUCCUGUGGAUGAACCCGGGACCUUCCCCCUCCAGCUCCUGUGCGGUUGCUGUCGAACAGCAUCCAGGCCUCAGAUGCUCUUCCAGAUACUCCAUGCGGACUCUUAAAAUCUCCCUUUAGUUUUGCUCCUCUCUGGUAUGUAGAACUUGCGUUUUCCAGCCGGUCUGCUUUAUGAAGGCAACUCUUUAGGGUAACAUUAGUUAGGGCAAGUAAAAGCUGAACAGGUCAUCUUCUUGGGGGGGAUGUUUUUUUGUUGUGUUUUUUUGCAAGUGGAUCUUUGCAAGAUUUUUCUUGAAAAGCGAAGCUUUACUGCUCAUUGGUUUUUAAAGCUCUUCUCCUCCCUGGAUUUGAACAAGCUCUCGUUAUUUUAGAGCUUAUGGGCCAUAGCUGCCCAGUGCAGGAGGGGACAGUUUAACACCUGGGGCUUUGUACAGAAGUUUGUACACUUGUGUAAUAUGUAAUAGGCCUUUUCACACUUUCUGUUGAGCUUUUUACCUGUAACCUUUACUAUGUUGUAAAUUAAAUGCAGAUUUUGCCA